UACAACCGGGAACCGGCCGCUUCCUCCGCGGGGAGGCUCGGUGCUUUCAGUCCGGCGCUCUCGGCUAAUUCUUCCCCUGUCAGCCGCCGCUGUGCCCCGGACAUGGGACGCGGAGCUGGCAAGGCGAGGGGUGACCUCUCGGGGCCUCCGUACAAGGCUCGGUGAGGCGGACGCGCCGCCAUUGGCUUGGGCGGCAGCGGGAGGGGCGGGAUGGCGCUAUCGGAGCCCGCGGCCGCCGCCGCCACCUUUGAGCGGAGAGUGCUGCGGAGUGCGGGGGAGCACCAUUAUCUGCGAGUGUGGCUGGAGCUGCCGGACGGCGGGGCCCGGCCGAGCGCGGCGCAGUUCAAGCAGCUGGUGGUGUCGGCGCUGAGGGAGCUGCACGGGGAGGUCGGAGCAGCUUUACCUGUCGAUGUCUUGACCUAUGAAGAAAAAACUUUGUCUGCCAUACUAAGAGUUGUUAGCAGCGGCCUUGUCAAGCUGUGGAGUGCUCUAACGUUGCUGGGCUUCUACCAGAACAGGAGGUGUGCUUUUCGAGUGCUGCAGACAUCUCCAUUUCUUCUUGCGUUAGCGGGCAACAGUAGAGAACUAGUCUUGGACUGAACACAGUUGUUGGUCUGGUCCUGCGAAGCAGAAGCUGCUUGAGAUGUUGCAGUCCUUCAGGCAUGGAAUUUUUGGAGGGG